UAUGUUGGUCUGGUGUGAUUAUGUUCUUUACCCUGCUUGAACAUUAUUGAUGCACAUUUAUGAUUUAUUUUUAUAUCAUAAGAGAUAUAAGAUAUACCGUAUGUUGUAAUAUACUAUAUGAUACUGUAUAUGUGAUUAUCUAAUGGUAGCUAAGGGUCCUACCUCUGGCACUGUCCCUGUUUGGACACUAGAUGGCGUUUGGAUCUCAUUGGAUCCUACCGUAGUCACCAAAAACCCUGUACAUCUCAUGCAGUACCCCAAAUACACACAUGUAUAGCACAUUUAAAACAAUAUGAAGACUUAUACUUGCCAAUGCAUACAAAUAGAGACAUUCCAACCAACAGUACAUACCUUUUCAUCAAGACAAAACAAAUCUACUUUAAAACUACAAAUCUCUUUCAGUGGCUUGGUCUGCCUUUGUCUACCUGAGCUGGCUCCUUAGGCCUGGUCUAUAAAGUUGUAAUAUUUAUUUUCUUCUCCUUCCCUUGCAUCCUCUCUGCAUCUUCCCGGGCCCCCCAUCCCUCACCCUUCUCCACCUUCCUGCUCCCCUCCUCUGCUUCUGGGCAGGGGUGGAGGGGAGCUGCUGUCUCAGACCUCUAUAGACCUCCGUAUUGUCUUGUCAGAGCUCGAGACCUCUGAAUGGCAUACAUAAAAAGGUCGGCAACUUCCUGAGAGCUCCCAGUGAUAAGAGUCCGCACGGUUAUGCCCUGUAGUCAGCGCUAUUUCAUAAUUCUUAUAAAAUAAGAUGCCACGGUCCUUCUUGAUUAAAAAAUACCUCACAAACAAGAAACCAAACUAUGGGGAACUGGACUCCAAAACAAAUGGUGUCCAGGCCAUUUUGUCCCUCCAUGAGUUACCCUGUCUCAUCCCCAACUCUCCUCCUCAUCCCCAGUCUGGUUUUCCCGGGCUUCUCUCCUCCUGCUCUUGCUGCUCCUCCUGCUACAUACACCCCCCUGUGGUGGCUAGUCAGCCCCCUAGGCAUAGUGCCUCCUCUCUGGGCAGCCCGGAGCAGGAUAGCCCCCUGUCUCCUGCCCCUGGCUCCCUCAGUGACUCACACUCUGUUGUAGAACCCAACGGAACCACAGAACCUUUCAAAUCUCUGGAACACCAUAACUUUCUCCCUCCACCCCAGACCCUCCUUGCUCCUUGUCAUCCCCCUACUCCUAGCCGACGCCCCAGCCUCCCCCCUGGUCUCGCCCCUGGUCUGGGCUUCCUCCCUGGGGUUGGACAAGAGCGAUUUGAGUGCUAUGACUGCCACAAGGCCUACUUUACCUUCUCAGGCCUGGCCAAGCACCGACAGCUGCACUGUGACUGGCAGUGCCACAAGUACUUCAGCUGCAAGUACUGCGACAAGGAGUACGUCAGUCUGGGUGCCCUGAAGAUGCACAUCCGCACACACACACUGCCCUGCGUCUGCAGACUCUGUGGCAAGGCCUUCUCCAGACCCUGGCUACUUCAGGGUCACAUACGAACGCACACAGGUGAGAAGCCUUUCUCCUGUCCUCACUGCAGCCGAGCCUUCGCUGACCGCUCCAACCUACGCGCCCAUCUGCAAACACAUUCAGACGUCAAGAAGUACCAGUGCAGCAGCUGCUCCAAGACUUUCUCCCGGAUUUCUCUGUUGGCCAGGCACCAGGAGGCCGGUUGCCUGCUCAACUGACUGGGGUUCCAUAGUACAGGGGUUCUCAAACUUUUUGGGGGCCAGGGACCACUUACAGGGAUGAACAUUUUCCAAGGACCCCCCCAUAAUCGUAACACCCAUUCAGCAUACCCUUUGUGCUCUUAACUGGACACAAUAUGCUUGUUUUAUUUCUGUAAAUGGCCCCCAUCUGUAGAUUAUAAUAUAUGUGUCACUUUUAAAUGAUACAGCACAAUUUUCCAAUGUUAUCAUUUAUGGAAAAUUCUUUCGCGGACGCCUCGGCUAUGGCGGACCCCACUUUGAGAACCAAUGACAUAGUAGACCAGGGCAGGCCGCCCAUGCCUACCCUGGUCUACUAUGUCCUACCUUGGCUUACGCUGGUCUACCCUACUCAACCAUAUCCUACCCUGGUCUAUUCUGCUCAACGAUGUCCUACCCUGGUCCACCCUGGUCUACACUGUCCUACCCUGGUCCACCCUGGGCUACACUGUCCAUCCUGGUCUACACUGUCCUACCCUGGGCUACACUGUCCAACCCUGGUCCACUCUGGGUUACACUGUCCUACCCUGGUCCACCCUGGUCUACUCUGGCCUUCCGUGAUCCACCCUGGUCUAUCCUAAUCUACCUUCAUAUCCUCUAUCCUAACCUAACCUACCCUGACCGGGGCUGACUAUAUCCUACUUACUCAGACUAGGUAGCUCCAAGACCAUCUCCAACCCCACCAAAGACUCAGUAUACACUGAACUGUGAUCCUGGGACUACAUAGAGACAAGCAUAUCAGAGAUAGCAUUUAACAAUAUACACCACCAUACACUGUGUGGUUUGGGUGCCAUGAAGAUGACAAGGACUUCCUCCUCAACCUGCUGAUGUGAUUGGUGGAGGGUUUCACUUGACAGAAUUGUGGGUGUAUUUGCUGCAUGCUGACAGAAAUACUUGAAUGAAUAUUAUCCAUUGACUUUCAGUUCAACAGAGGAACUGUCAGUGCCUUGUAAAAAUGUGUAUAACUGCUAACGGUUUGUGGGAGAUUUAAUAAAUACAUAUUUUUGU